AUGGCGGAAGGAGGGACGCUCUAUAAAGUCGACCACGCAGAAGGCGGACCAAAACGUGAACUGCUCGCUCGGUGCAUCAGAAUUUCGGCGAACACUGCUAUGUUCAUCACUUCCAGACAACUAUUUCUUGGUUUCUCGCUCAGCUUUUUUCUGCAAGGAUGCUUGUCGAUCACCAUCGAGGAUGUCUACCGGCGACUUCUUGAAAAGGAACGAAACGUUGAUAAUACUUUUGCGUUCAAUCUCAUCCGUCCUAUCGGUUCUGUUGGCGGCGAGUUGAUUUGGCCACGAAGUUACGAUUCCUCCAAUGAGCUGACGUUUGACGAGAAUGGCGCCGCAUUUCCUGUGCAUGAACGGCCAUCGCUAUCCAGAAUAUUGCGACGAUCCAGAAUAUCGUCUCUAAAUGGCAAUACUGCCUACAAGGAUAGUAUUACUGUAUCUCUUGACUAUUUCUCUACGGGUUUAGUGAUCUUUCCAUGUCUGUACAUACUUAAUGAUUGCAAUCAUUUGAAUAGAAUCAAGCCGAAGUAA